AUGACUGCUGAAUGCUCGCCAAGUUGGACGUCAUGGACAAUCAUACUUCAUCUGUUGAUGGAAUUGCCAGGAACGGAGUGCCAAGCGACCUGUUUCAAAAACUCCUCUUACAUAUUUUCCAAAAGCGGAGCAGAUUGGUCCUUCAACAGGUUUGUCUGCUUGAGACAGGGAGGUGAUUUAGUCUCCAUCGAAACUGAAAAAGAAUGGGAGUUUAUCAAUCAUGAGAUUCAAAACCGUGAUACUUGGAAUACUGGUGCGUGGCACAUUGGUUUAAGGAAGAUAAACGAGGUUUGGAGAUGGGUGAGUGGAGAACAACUUAAUAUUUCGAAAUGGCGAGAUUCUGAGCCAGGUGGGAACCACAAAAGGGCGGAAAUAUCCAAGAAUGAAUGCCUCUUUAAUGGUAUCUCUUGGUAUGAUGAAAAUGCCUACAUUUGCGAGAUGCCCGGAGAGUGCCCCAAUAUAACUUUUAAAAAUUCUUGGAACAUAAUUUCGGUUUAUGGAUUGCCCUGGCACUUGAACAGAGACAUCUGCCAAAGCCUGGAAGGGGACCUAGUUUCCAUUGAAAACGAACAAGAAUGGAAUAUCACCAAGGACGAGAUUGGAAGGCGAAAUAUUAAAAGAAGCCAUUCCAAAAAAUGGACUAUUGGUUUAACGAAAAAGGCCGGGAAUUGGACCUGGGUGAAUGGAAGACCGCUGACUAUUCGCAAAUGGGGACAAGGGGAACCAAGUGGUGAACACAACGCGGCUUUCAUCUACGAGCUGGACAGUAAUGGCGGAUGGAGCGUGUUUUUUGGUAGUGUUAAUCGUACACGUUGGGGAAACCUGUACGCCUAUAUUUGUGAGAUCUCCAAAGAUUCAGCUCCUGGACAAAACUUUUCGCAGGACUCUUACCAAGCCUACGUUGGACCACCUUGCGCGCAACAAUAUGUGUGCCAGCCAACCUGUUUCAAAAACUCCUCUUACAUAUUUUCCAAAAGCGGAGGAGAUUGGGCUUUAAACAGGUUUGUCUGCUCCAGACAGGGAGGUUACUUAGUCUCCAUCGAAACUGAAGAAGAAUGGAAGUUUAUUAGUAAUGAGAUUCAAAAGCGUGUUACUUGGAAUACUAGUGCGUGGCACAUUGGUUUACAGGAGAUAGACAAGGUUUGGACUUGGCUGAGUGGAGAACGACUGAAUAUUUCGAAAUGGCGUAAUUGUAAGCCAGGUGGGAACAACAAAAAAGCGGAAAUAUCCAAGAAUGGAGGCCUCUUUAAUGCUAUUUCUUGGUAUGAUGAAAAUAAAUACAUUUGCGAGAUACCCGGAGAAUGCCCAGAUAUAACUUUUAAAAACUCUUGGUACAUAAUUUCGGUAAAAAGAUUCUCCUGGCACUGGAACAGGAACAAGUGCCAAAGCCAAGGAGGGGACCUAGUUUCUAUUGAAACCGAAGAAGAAUGGAAUUUCAUCAAUGACGAGAUUCAAAGGCGAAAUAUGACAAAAUAUGACAAUAGAUGGAGUAUUGGUUUAAUAAAAAAGGCCGGGAAUUGGACCUGGGUGAGUGAAAGACCGCUGAAUAUUUGCAAAUGGGGACAAGGGGAGCCAAGCGGUGAACACGACGUGGCUUUCAUGUACAAGCUGGACAGUAAUGGCGAACGGGGCGUGUUUGGUAGCUUGGAGGGUACAAGUUGGAAAAGCCGGCUCGCUUGUAUUUGUGAGAUUUCCAAGGCAUCGAUCAUACCAGACGCAAAGGAGUAUGUUUCAAAAUUACGCGGAAUAAAUAUUGCCAGAAACAGUUCCAUACAGGAGGCGGUAGCUGUGUUUGAAGAUUUCACCAUAAAAAUCAAGAACUUCACAAAAGGCAAGGCCAGCGUGAAAGAAGUUAAAAAACUGAAAAAAUUCAUCUUUGAGGUGGCAGAGGCCGUCGAAAAAUUUGCUCUUAAUUAUAGCAAGCGACACCAGAGUAAAAUGAAGACUUCAGAAAGGAUCGUUUCCCCAAAAAUGGUUUUGGUCAUUCAAAAAGCCUAUCGCCAGAAUGCAAGUGGCCUCCUCUUUGAGGAACAACAAUGGCAAGCGAGGAUCGAUAUCGCUUCUUCAAAUUUUGAGGAAAAUGGAUCACUGGUAGUUGCGUCUAUGUACAAGGAUCUCCAUGACCUACUUGUGACAGAUCAAGCCGUCAGGAAUGAAACAGGCAACCAAAGGUAUAUUAACUCCAGGAUAAUGGCCGUAACUAUGGACCCCAAGGCGAAGAAAUUGGGAGAAAAUGUCAUCCUAAAGUUCAAAAACCUAAAGGUCUUGGCAGCAGAGAAGCGCUGCGUGUUUUGGAGUGGCCUCAGAAAAAGCUUUUCAGAGGAAGGAUGCCAUGUAGUUACAUCGGAAAGCAACUCAGAAGAAACAGUUUGCAGCUGUAAUCAUUUGACGCAUUUUGCCGUCUUAAUGGACUACGCCGGUAGCACAAAGCUCACCGAGGAGGACGAAACAAUUCUGAAAAUUAUCACUUACGCGGGACUGAGCCUUUCCAUUGUCGGAAUACUUUUAACAUUAAUACUUUAUUCUUGCCUCACAGAUGUUUGUCAACCCCUCUCUCAAAUUCGACUGAGUGUUUCUGUGUCCCUUGGAGCUGGACAGAUCAUCUUCCUCGCCGGAAUAAACGCCACAGGAAACAAAGCUACCUGUGUUACAAUAGCAGCUCUGAUCCAGUAUUUCUUGAUGGCCGCUUUUUGUUGGAUGCUGAUCGAGGGAAUAUAUCUCUACUUCUUCGUUGUGAAAGUUUACAACAUUAACACCAAGAUGUUCAUGUACCACGUCAUCUCAUGGGGUCUUCCAAUGAUCAUGGUGGCCAUUUCACUUGGCAUCGCUGCUAGGAAAGAAGGGUUACAAAGCUAUACGAGUGAUAAAUAUUGCUGGCUUUCCUCGACUAAUAACCUGACCUGGAUAUUCGUCGCCUUCGUCGCUUUCAUUGAAGUUCUCAACGUCUUGAUACUCGUACGAGUCAUAAAGGAGAUGACCAAUCUGGUGCAGCCAACAGCGAAAGACAACCAUUUUCAGCAAAUACGAAUUGGCAUCAAAGCAUGCGUGGUGAUGAUUCCCCUGCUGGGUGUCACAUGGCUAUUCGGUCUCCUCUCGCCUUUACAUAAAGCUUUCGCCUACAUCUUCACCAUACUUAACUCUACUCAGGGUUUCCUGAUUUUCGCUCUACACUGUAUGCGAAACACACAGAUCAGAGAGCGAUUCAAAAGAAAGAUCAACAUCGUUUUUCCAUCCUCUAUAAAGAAGAGGAAGAGCUCACGUGUCAAUCCAAAUGAGGUUGGGGAUGUAUGGGCAGUCGAAUUGCAGUAUUGUGCUGAAUUUGAAUCGAAAUCGCACUUAACUUAAAUAACUGGAUCCAGCCAAUCGGAAAUGACAGUCAAUUACUUAGUACAAUCACUCAUUUAAAAAAGUGAUUAGUCGCUUGCAAUCGGUCUGAGUUACAAU